AACUAUAAAUACAUACCUUGUUUUCAUUUCCUGCAUAUUAUCACAAUUAAUUACCUCUCAAAAAUACACCCAAAAGAUAUAAACAUAUAUAUAGUACGUACUUUACUUUAUUAAUUACAUGACAAUGUCUGGAAUUAAUUUGUUAUUCCUUGCAAUUCUUGCUGUUUUUGCUUCUUUAUUAGCAGAUGCCUACGAUCCCAACCCGUUGCAGGAUUUCUGCGUAGCCGUCAACGAUUCCGAUGCCGCUGUGUUGGUGAAUGGGAAGAUAUGCAAGGACCCGAAAACAGUGACAGCAGACGACUUCUACCAUUCGGGUCUGAACAAACCCGGAGAAAUAGUAAGUCAAUACGGCUCAAAAGUGAGUCUCGUUUUCAUCGAUCAGCUAGCAGGGCUCAACACGCUCGGAAUUUCUAUAGUCCGUAUCGACUUUGCAGUUGGGGGAGUUAACCCACCGCACUCGCAUCCACACGCAUCCGAAAUUCUUCUGUGUACUGAAGGCACACUUUAUGCUGGAUUCAUUUCGUCGAACCCUUCGAAUCCAGGCGACAAAAACAGACUGUUUGCAAAGAUAUUGAAUCCAGGAGAUGUAUUUGUGUUCCCAAAGGGUCUCAUUCAUUUCCAGUACAACCUCGGAAACGACACCGCGGUUGCAAUAGCUAGUCUUAAUAGCCAAAAUCCAGGUGUCGUCACUUUAUCUAAGGCCGUGUUUGGAUCGGACCCUCCAGUCAACCCUGAAGCUCUCGUUAAGGGAUUCCAGCUUGAUAUCGAAGUUGUUCGCAAGCUCCAAUCGCUGACCUGGAUCGGCAACGGCUAAUGAAUCUUACAUAUUCAUGAGAAUGCCGUUGCCCAUAU